AUGAGAAACCUUAUUAUCUCAAAUGUUACUUCAAAAUCUAGGAACAAUACUCAUAUAGCUGAAAAUUUUAUUAUUGAAGAUAUUUCAACUUCAAGAAAAUAUCAUGCAAAAGGGAAAAUAAAUAAAUUCAUUUUUUUUAUAAAAGUUUUUUUAUUUACUCUUUUAAAUAUUCAAAGAUCCUUAAAUGAAAAAUGUAGCUUAAAAAACAACUUAAAUUUAGGAGCUAAAAGGUUUUUAGCAGAAAAUAAAGAAAUAACAGAACUAACAAAUGAUGAACUAAAAACCCGCUUAUCAGAUUUAUUAAAAACAUUAGAAGAAAAGAAUACAAAAGAUUCAAAUGUGCAAUCAGAUGUGGUACAGGGUAAAGUGGAAACAAUUGAGAUAGAAAAUGAAAAUUCAGUUAGUAGAAGGGAGAAAAGCAAUAAAAAAAUAAAUAGUAGGGAUCUAAUGGAAAAAUACAAGAAGUGUAUGAGAUUAUUUAAUUUAGCUUCUAUUAUUCUUUUACCUGUACUGUCAAUGACAGUAUCCAUAGUAGCAUUUACCUCCACUGAUCAAAAAUAUAUCAAUAUAUCUAAUAUAAUAACUAGUUUAUAUCUUGUAUUAAAUUCAAUUCUUUUGUCGGAUUUACGAUCAAAUAAAGAUAAUAAGUAA